CCUUUCUAGCAGUUCACCACUCAGACAAUGUUCAGAACAACAAUGGCCACUCUCUCUCACCUCUCCACCGCUCUCUCUCUCCAAAACCCUAACACCCUCAAACUCUUCCUCCCUCUCUCUCUUCUUCCCAAUCCCCUCCGCUUUCGACCCUCCAAUUCCAGACUCUUCGAGGCCAGACGUCUCUCUCUCCCCCCCGCGGUGCUCGACACCUCAAGCACUCCGACCUCCAUUGAUGACCUCGACCCUCGCUAUCUAUCCUGUUCGAUGCCCGACAAGCGGCUCAAGGUCGCCGUUCUUCUCAGCGGCGGCGUCGAUAGCAGCGUCGCGCUCCGCCUUCUCCGUGCCGCUGGGCAUUCCUGCACCGCUUUCUAUCUCAAAAUCUGGUUCCAGGAAGACUUUGAAAACUUUUGGUCUGAAUGCCCAUGGGAAGAGGAUUUGAAGUAUGCAAAAGCUGUCUGCAAUCAGGUGGAUGUACCAUUGGAAGUUGUGCAUUUGACAGAUGAAUACUGGAACAAUGUGGUUUCCUACAUUGUUGAGGAGUAUCGGUGUGGCCGUACUCCUAACCCAGAUGUUCUUUGCAAUACGAGGAUUAAGUUCGGUGCAUUCAUGGAUGCUAUUAGUGGGAUGGCAUUUGACUAUGUUGCUUCUGGACAUUAUGCAAAUAUUAUUCACUCGCCUACAGACCAAAUGAAUAAGCCUUCAGUUUUGGAACUUUCAAAUGACAUGGUCAAGGAUCAAACAUACUUCCUUUCACAUCUCUCACAAUCUCAACUUAAACGACUGAUUUUCCCUCUUGGAUGUAUUCCAAAGGAUGAAGUCCGUAAACUUGCAGAAAAACUUGAUUUGCCCAACAAAGACAGAAAGGAUUCUCAGGGAAUAUGCUUCCUUGGAAAGAUCAAGUUCAGUGAAUUUGUUGCGAGACACAUUGGGGAGAUGGAAGGUGUCAUGUUGGAAGCGGAGACAGGAGAUUUCCUUGGAAAACACCGUGGCUUUUGGUUCUAUACAAUUGGCCAACGCCAAGGAUUACGACUACCUGGCGGGCCCUGGUAUGUUGUUGAGAAGGAUGUUAAAAACAACGUAGUCUUCAUAUCAAGAAAUUACUUCUCAUUGGACAAAAGGAGGCGCUUGUUUCGUGUUGGAUCCUUGAAAUGGCUUGGUGACUCAAUUCCUAUCCAGAUGAGUCAACUACGGUGCAAGGUUCGACACGGCCCAGGUUUUUACAAUUGCAGCUUGGCAAUGGAAUUUGGCGAAGACGGGAAGGAAGUUGCAGUAGUCCAGAUAUCUGAGGAUGAUCAAGGCCUGGCAGCUGGGCAAUUUGCAGCCUUCUAUGAGGAAAGAACUUGUCUGGGCUCCGGUGUGAUCCUCGAGUCCUGGGAUAAUCAGGGUUUUCCUGUUUGUGCAAAGGCUCUUGAGGUAGCCGCAAUGGGGGAUAAAUCAAAACUGGGGAAACCAGUUAAAAUAAAGGCGAAACAAGAGGAGGCUUGUGAUAGGGAAUCUGAGCAGAAAGAUUGUGUUGAGCUUGAGGUAAAACUGAGUGGCGUUUUUGAUCAUUGACCAAUCGAAAUCAGAGCCUCAAUGUGAAUCAAUUUCCAGAAUUCCACUCAAUUGGUUUCAACGGUGGAGAAAAAUGUGGUCGGAGGUGUUCUAGAAAAAUGUGGAGUUCAAGGUAAGGUUGUGCUUGCCGCGUUUGGUUCCUGUACUUGUGGAGAGUUGUAUGCUUGUAUAUGAUGACAAAACGAAGUUGCAACAGAAGUGGUAAGAAGAAGAUGAAACGAAUCUGCUAAAUUUCUUCUUUUGGUUGCUUAUCAUAACCGACUUGGAGCGACCGACGAAGGGGAAAAAGUUUGCCGGAAGCUCAGAGUUCGAGAAACUGUUCUGGAAUUUGUUUAGGAUCCUUUUUUUAAGAACGAUGGUUGGUUUUGCCCAACUUCCUGAUUUUAUUUUAUUUUAUAACUACACUCAUAUUUCUCUACAGGGUUGGUUUGUAUAGUUUGUUGAGGUUGAUUUUCCUGUGCGUAUCAUGCAAAUGGUUUAUACAAAAUUUUUGCUUAGAUU